CAUGAAGUUCCGGGCCAAGAUAGUAGACACUGCUUGUCUAAACCACUUCACGCGAAUCAGUAACAUGAUAGCCAAGCUUGCCAAAACUUGCACCCUCCGCAUCAGUCCGGAGAAGCUGAACUUCAUCCUUUUAGAUAAGGUGGCCAAUGGAGGGGUGAGCAUGUGGUGUGAACUGGAACAGGAGAACUUCUUCAGUGAGUUUCAAAUGGAAGGGAUCUCUGCAGAAAACAAUGAGAUUUAUGUAGAGCUGGUAUCGGAAAACUUAUCUCGAGCCUUGAAAACGACCCAGAAUGCCAGAGCCUUGAAAAUCAAGCUGACUAACAAGCAUUUCCCGUGCCUUACAGUCUCUGUAGAACUGUUCUCUGUAUCAAGUAGUAGUCGCAUUGUGACACACGACAUCCCCAUAAAGGUUAUUCCUAGAAAACUAUGGAAGGAUUUACAAGAACCGACAGUUCCAGACUCUGAUGUCAGUAUUUACUUGCCAGUGUUAAAGACUAUGAAGAGUGUUGUGGAGAAAAUGAAAAACAUCAGCAAUCAUCUUGUUAUUGAAGCAAACCUAAAUGGAGAAUUGAACUUGAAAAUAGAAACUGAAUUAGUGUGUGUUACAACUCAUUUUAAAGAUCUUGGAAGUCCCCAAUUAGUCUCUGAUAGUGCUUCUCAAGGCAGAAACGUGGAACAGAUGGCAGAGGUAUGCAUAGAUAUUAAGAAGCUCCUACAGUUCCUUGCUGGACAACAAGUAAAUCCAACAAAGGCCUUGUGCAAUAUUGUGAAUAACAGGAUUGUUCAUUUUGAUUUGCUUCUUGAAGAUGUGUCACUUCAAUAUUUCAUUCCAGCAUUGUCGUAA